ACAACGAAACAGGGUUGCUACAGAAAGUCUUAUGCAUUUUUACUGUAUUAAGAAGAAAAGAAGCCAUCAUUUAACAAAUUUUAUUCAUGUGGUUUUCAGUAACAGAUUGGUAUGCACGAUCUUUCCUGAGUCAAAAUCAUGCAAAAUCUGACAAAAAAAAUCAGCAAGUCCAAGACGAAAAUGAAAGGAAUAUGAAUAUCAGAGUCAUGAAGAGAAACCCAAUUCAGACAUUAUUGUCAAAAGAGACAGGCAAGGAACAUCUCUCAGCGUCACGUUUUCAAAACAGAGAACAGCAGAUUGAGGAACUAAUACACGCGCAAGAGUGCGCUCCAUGUCCGAUUAUAGUUUUACAUAUGAAUACAUCAGAUGAUGUGACAGUUGUUCGGAAGAAGCUAGAUGACAUUGAUAAAGUCACCGCAGAUUUCGAGAUGAGAAAAAUUAAUGACACUAUGAAAGGACUGAAUGAAUUUUUUGUAAAGAUCUCAUCUGAAAAUGUAAAGCUACAAAAUACAAUGACAGAAAUGUUGCAGCAGUACAAAAAAAUUACAAAAAUUGCAGAAGGUUUGAAUGACACUGUAGCCAAAAUAUCAUCUGGCAAUGCGACACAGCUUCUUAAAAUGGCACAGUUGGCAGAACAGCAACACAGAGAAGUAAGAAAAAAAGAUCUGAAGCAUGAAAUUAAUCAGCCUAAUAACUUUGUUCAGAAGAAAAACAUCACAGUUAUGAGAAUUAACAAAGCAGAUGAACAUCGAAGUGUCUCAGAAAGCAGUGAAAUCAAGGACAAGCAGGAUCCUGCUAAGCCUAACAAAAAAGAUUUCCAGAACAUCGUUAGUCCUGUCAGGAAAACCCAGGCACUGACCAAGCAUCAAACAGAUAAAAACCCAUUAAAAAAUGGUGAAGAUUCCAAAUUACUUAAAUCCGAACCAGCCGAAAGUUUAAACUUUCCCAGACUGAAAGAUUUUGAGACAAUCGAACGAGUAGGAAAAGGCACAUUUGGAAAAGUUUACCUAGUUCGGAAGACUGGUGGUGUCGACAAAGGCGCAUUGUAUGCCAUGAAGAUAAUGAACAUCGGGAAGACUAUGUCUAAAAAAAUUGACCCUGAACAAUAUAGAAUAGAAUGUAAUAUACAUGAAAGAGUUUCUAAUGUUCCGUUUCUGGUGGGACUCUAUUAUGCGUUCAAGACAGAAACAAAAUUGUGCCUCGCACUGGACUAUUAUCCUGGUGGUGAUAUGUGGACUCUAUUAAGGAAAAGGGCAAAGCUUACAGAGAACGCAACUAGAUUGUAUAUAGCCGAGAUAGUCAUGGCUGUACAGCAUCUGCAUCGGAUUGGUGUAAUCCACAGGGACCUCAAACCAGCAAAUAUAGUGAUUGACUCUCGCGGUCAUAUAGCAGUCACAGACUACGGACUAUGCAAAGAAUUUCCUCCUGAUUCAAAGAACAGACGUGGUCAUGCACUGUGUGGUACAAGCGAGUAUAUGGCUCCAGAGAUGGUUCAACGCAAAGGUUACAGUGUGGAAGUGGACUGGUGGAGCAUGGGGAUCAUAGCUUAUGAAAUGAUGGCUGGGUACAGGCCCUUUACAAUUGAAAGUAAAGAAAUAGUGACAACACUCUAUCAUAAAAUUAUCCACGACCCCCCAGAGUUCCCUUCAUAUUUCUCAUACAGAGGGACAGAUUUUAUCAAAAAACUUUUGGAGAAAAAUCCAUCAAAACGGUUAACAUCGGAGAAGAACGGUGGGCAGAAUAUCAUGAAGCAUCCAUUUUUUAAUAAUAUAGACUGGAAAGAUGUGAAGAGGAAAACGAUAAAGAUGCCGUACCUGCCACCUGUUGACACUAAAAAAGACACCAAAUAUGUUCACAAGAAUUUGGGCAUUGAGCUUCAGGCUCAUUCAAAUGCUGAUGACUGCUUAUCUCAGGAAUGCUUUUAUGUAGCCCCAGACCUCAUUCCCAAGAAAACAUACGGAACUUCACUGCAAUUCCCCCAAAAAUGACACACCUCCAAAUGAGUGACAGAUAAAUGUAACGGCAUCAAAGGACAGAAAUGUGCUGGUCGUGACUAGCUUGGUCGCUGGAUUGCUAUUGGAAGACCAGGUGCCCACAGGAAGAAUGAGAACAACGCAUACCACGACAUGGAGGGGCAGAGACCUCCACAAUCAGCACAGAACAAUUUACUGGGAGUCAGUCAGAAUAAUGCGGCCAUGAGUUGAAACACCACGUGGACUUGUAGGUACAUACCUAACUUUUGGAGAAACAUACUGCCUUGAACUUCAAUACCUCAUGGGCCCAUCCAUGUCUGUCUCCUUUCCCCACUUUCAGCCAUCAUGCAAGUGCUACUAGUAAACAUGACCCUACAGCUUCCGUAGCAGGGCUAUUUCUCCCUAGACCUUGCAGAUGGGUUUGUUCUGAACAGCUUUGCCAGCCCAACCCCUUCCCCCUUCACCUCCUCCUGUGAGGUUUACGAAUCCCUGGGCUUCUACCAUUUCAGGUUAGAUGUCCCAAGCCAUGGUACUAUCCCACCUGAGGAGCAUCCAUGUAAUGUCCCCCACGCUUUACAUAAUCAUAAUUUUAACCCUAAGAGCUUUAAUCCCAACCCAUGUCAUGUGUGACGACAUAAGUGGGAUGUAUCCUCAGGGUGGUGGUCCCAGUGUUACCCUGGCCCGAUUCUUCUGACUCGAGACGCAAGCCUGGGGAUUUCCGAACCUAUGAGUAAAAUAUAACCUAGGUGGGGCAAGCCUAGAGGGCAGAGCCCCAAAGUCAGGCAAGCCGAAUGUGGUGAAGGCCAAGGUAGGAACAGUCCUGCUGAGGGAAGACCUAGGGUGGAAGCCUGCAUCCAGUAGGGGAGAAACCUUCAUAGUGCAUGCUCCUGAAUUGGGGAAACUCUAGGGUCAUUCCUGAGUCAAGGUUAUGGCUAAAAGUGAGAUGGGCCUAUAAGGUGUUGAACAUGGAGGCAGUAUGUUCUUCCAAGACACUGGUAUCUGUAAGUCCACACGGUGUUACAACCCAGUGUAGUAGCCCAACGCUGAAGCAAUUCAGAGCAUUCUGUUGGAUUUUAGGCUCUUUUUUACACUAUUGUAUUUGAAGUAGUAGCUAUUGUUACCUGAUGACCAAAACAUUCAGCUUCACAGUUACAUCAUCUUUCAAGACAUGGUGCACACCACAUUAUGUAACACGUGGUUUUAUGAUUAAUUAAAUUAUAAUCCAAGGACAAAA